GUGAAAGGAGGGCUUCCGCCUUGCAGCGCAGCUUGGAUCAGCAGCCGCCCAGCAGGCCUCCCGCCCGUAUUUUCCCGCGUCCAUCCCUCUGUCCCACGGUCGGUGAGUCAGCGGAGCCUGAUGGAGGCCUUGGGCUCUGGGCACUAUGUGGGAGGCGGCAUCAGGUCCAUGGCCGCGGCGGCCCUGUCUGGCCUGGCGGUGCGGCUGUCGCGCUCGCAGGGGUCCCGCGGCUCGUACGGCGCCUUCUGCAAGACGCUCACGCGCACGCUGCUCACCUUCUUCGACCUGGCCUGGCGGCUGCGCAAGAACUUCUUUUACUUCUACCUCCUGGCCUCGGUGAUUCUCAACGUCCACCUGCAGGUCCUCUCCUGAUAUUCCCAGACUUCUGGCUUUACAGGCAGAGAUGCAGGUUUCAGGCCCCGGACUUCCCUCAGACCGAUCUACAGCCUGGGCUUUCUGUUGCCAUCCUUGACCUCUUCCUUGGGUGCGGUUUUGUAACUGCAUUAAGACUCAGACAGAUACCGGUCACCUGAAUGAUUACUGGCAUUGAUCUCCUUCUCCAGAAACUCAGAGAUACUGUUUUUAGAACCCUCAUCUCCCAGUAUAGGGGUGGGAGUGGUCAGAGAGUUAUAAACAUCCUGUCUUCCAAGGCAUGGCUUACCACAAGUCCCCAGUUUGAGUAGUUUUAGUACAAAUCUAAUAGCUUUGUUUCAAACCUUUCCUGAAACAUGCUUGGGAACUUAGAGGUGCGGUUCAUAAGCCAAGUUUUGUUGAGCCAAAUAAUCUAAAUGAUUCUGGGCAAGGUAAUCAAAUUCUUAACAGGCAGAGGCUCCAGGACAAAUAAGGGUAUCCAAUAUUUGGGGCUUUACUGGGUACUAAUGUCUGUCUAUCACCUGCAUUUAUCCUCCAAGUACUCCUUUGUUCUGGAGAAGUGAAUCCCGGUGAUUUUUAGCAGUUCCCCCAAAGAGAAGAUGUUAGGUAUUUUAAAAAAAGUAACAUAGACAAUAAUUACUUUUCAUUCCUUGUAUUCCCAGCAUGUAUAAACAACCUUCUCCCAUUCAUAUGAUGCCUCUUGGCAUAAUUUAAUUAUUCCACAUGCAACCAAGAGAGAGGCAACACAUACAAACAUUUCCAGCUACCAUAGUCAGAGGUGAAGUCAUGGGGCCUCUGUUUAUAGUUCACGUUCUCCCAGUGAUGUCUUUUCUUUUUCUACUUCUGCCAUUAUCCCAAUUUGAUAUUCUAUAAUCCCAUGAUCUAAAUGGUGAAUUCACCACCACCACUGUACCCUAUUUAUAAUACUAAAGAAAGAAGAGGUGAGAAAAGUUUC